AUGUGCACUCUUUUGAAAAAGGAGCCAUUGGAGUUGUUGGCAACGCUGAGUUCAAGCACCUGCAUUGACCACAUCAGACACCUUGUCGAGGAGCACGGCAUCGCCACCACCUUUGGCAUGCAGGAGAAGCAACAACAGGUGUGGGAUGGAACGGCAGGUAUGCUCUACCACGUGUAUCGUGCAGAGAAGCAACCAAGCAAGGCAAGAGAGGGCUCCACCUCAAAGCGAGCCAAGAAGGUGGCUUCUUCCACCAAGGGGGAGACGACUGCCCUCGCAGACAAGACCAAUGAAGCUGGUCCCUCGUGGUCCUGA